GAAUGGCCACGGCACGGUGGCUCGCUCCCUAAGGCUUCAGUUCACUUCAGGAUGAGUGGCCCUGUGGCACUCUGAGCCGGGAUUAACAAGCAGAGAGCAGUUUGUCCCGACAGCCGCUCGCCAAAGCCUGCCCAACAAAACAACACCUAUUUCCUUUCCCCUCUAAGGAGUCUGAAUAAUGCUGAUGGAUGUCGGCUACAGUAACGGGCUGGAGCCUGACCUUUCCCAGCCAUAUCCUCCGCCCUUAAUGCCAAAACCAGGCAAAGACAACGCAAGGCUUCAAAAACUCAAGAAGAAGAGAGCCAAGAAAAAAAAUAGCCUCUCUCAGACACCCAUCCCCUUUCGCUCCUGUUUGUCGCCUGUCAACGAAGCAAGCACAGACCUUGAGCACAGUGACCAGUCCAGCCCACCAAGGACACCGGAAUCAGUCUACAUGGCAGACCCUUCAGUGUCCAGUUUCCCUUUUGACUCCUUCUGUGAUCCGUCCGCAUCUGCAUUCCCUCACCCUCGGAGUAGCCCCUACCAGAAAACUGGCAGCUUCCCCACUCAGUCCUAUAUAGGUCAGAUCAGGACUUCUGAAGAGCAGGUGGCUCCGCUGUAUGAAUGCUCCUCUUUCUUAUUUGAUGACAUGACUCCUUUCAGUAUGCCACCUUCGAUUUUACCACCCCAAUCACCACCUAAGCAGGUUCCACGAAACCCUCUUGCUUUCAAUUCAAACCGGACACCAAAUUCCCAUUGGUCCGUCACAACAGUCCCUCCAGCCUCUGUGUCGCAAUCCAGCCCUAAAAUAUCAACUCACAGUCUGACCCUAUCCCCAGCCGCCCCCAACUGUGACCCAGGCCCCGCUCCUUCUCUGGCUGCAGACCUUCCUCCUCAUCCAGCACUGCUAUCAGUUUCCAAUUCUCAGAUACAACCUAUUAUUUCCAGCCAGAGGGAGACAAGCGCCUGUUCAAAAGACAACCCUCAAAGCCACCUAGCCUCUUGGACUACAAGACCUAGUGGUAAUGGCAACUUUGUUCCAAGCCAUAUGUCUCCGGAGAUAACCGCCUCAAAAAUAUCACUGGUUGAUGCAGCGAUAGGCACAAAGCCUGACGCCACACAAAACAGGGUUUACACAUCCAAGGCAACAUUUUAUGAGAUCUCUAAACCUCCCUCCAUGCAGGACCUUACAGUUAUAAAUCCAAACUACCAGGCAGCAUUGUUUUCUGACAUACUUAGAAAGAAAACAGAUGUGUCAGCGGUGGAAACAGAUGAAACACUGAGUGUGCCAAUGUCCCAAUGUGGAAGAUCUAAGACUACUUAUUGUGCACCGGCUCGAGUUUCCACACCUUUUAUUGAAAUAUCCAAACCUAUCCCACUUUUAUUCGCUGCUUUCAACUCCUCCCAAGAUCUACAAGCUCCUGCAAUUCCAGAAGAAGCUCCGAGACAGAAAUCAAUGAUUCAAGCGAGUGGUACAAUUGAACCUCCAGCUGCCAUAGAAGAACAGAAGCAGACUGAUCACAUUGAUUACAUUAGUAAUAGCAGACAAGCCAGCAAUUGCAAAGAGAUAAAUAUUCAAAAUACACGGAGUACAAUAAAUCUAAGCUUUGCUAAUACUGAGCUGUACCCCAGAGAGAACUUGUCAUCAAGUAUGACGGCACUUGACCCUGCCAUGGUAAAACCAACACUAAUACAACCAGUCAUCCUUAAGCUACAAACAAACCCCGUUUUUGAAAGUGGAGCUACAACUUUGCCAACGGUCCCAUCAUUUUUAUCCACUGUACCAAACCUCAACCCUACGCCAGUGAUUUUAAUGCAAGCACCAUCCAGUCCAAGCCCCAUUAUCCCUUAUCAUCCUCCUGCGGUCAAUGCUCGCAAGUCUUUGUCAUCACUUUUGGAGAGUCAAAUGUCAUUAGCAACCUCAAAGCCCAAAUCAAGAUCAACAUAUUACGGGCUUACUCCAACUCAGUAUGCGGCCUAUGGUGGGAUAAAGUCUGCCGCAUCACAUUACAGCCCUGCACCCCUCCGUGCAAAUGAAACCUCUUCAGACAAAACACAGUCAGCUGUAGCUGUGGAUGGAACAGACCUCUCAAAGCCUGAUUCAACAAAACAACUAAAUGGAUAUCAAGAUCAACCAUCUUCAAUGGAGGUUUCUACCGCUAACAUUUUAAAACCCAUAAGGGAUUCUGAGAUUCCAGCUGAUCGGACCAUACUAAGUAGAAAUGAUGUCUUUGAGAUCGGGUCGGAAGCUCAAAGUAUUGGAAUACAAUCACUUAAAACAUCUAAGGUGGACACAAUAAAACCAGAGCUUCCUCUUGGCUUGGCACAGCAAUCAAUGCAACAAUCCACAAGUGACUUAUCCACACCAAAAGCCUCAUUCUCUGAGGCUCCAAUACCAAUGCCUAAAGCAGGUGAGGUACACACACAAAAUACGGCACUAUUUUCUAUAAAGGCAGAGAUAAAUACUAAUCCAUGCUUUACUGAUAGCAGUAGUCUAUCAAGUUUUUCCUCACCCUUAGUGAAAGUAGAUUCAAAUGCAGAAACAUAUCAUGGUUCAAAGGGGAUAGAUGCCAUAGAGAAAGGUGUUUAUCUCGAGAAAAUACCUACAAAAGUAGAAUCCAAGAUCACCAAUUACAAACAAACAGAACAAGUACAGAUAGCUUCGGUGAAGUCUUACCAGACUGCUAAUGGAGUCAGUUCAUCAACAGCAAAUGGUCUGAAUGUUCAACAAACUGACAAGCCUGUUAAAAACCAAGCUGACCGUGAAAAAAGAAUUCAGUCUCUUGCCACAGAUUUAGAGCCCAAAAACACAGGAAAGGCCAUCAUAAAUGGUACAUUUAUCACAGGAUUACAACAAGCCACCAAUCUGAUUUCAGGAACACCACUGCCCAGUAGAGGAGCUCCUGAAACUGUUUUACAUACACACAAAGAAGAAGUUAAUCAGUGUUUCAAAGCAAGCAGUGGAGUUCCCUUACCCAAUAAGGCUUCCACUGCAGAACUUACCCAUGACAAAACAAAUAAGGGGUCCAAUUUCUCAAAUAUAUUCUCCAAAGAAUCAAGUACCACUACCACAGGACCCAUUUUUCCUCAUGAACCUGUUAUAUCAUCUGUAUGUUCCUCACAGUAUAGUAUCUGCACAGCAUCUGCAGCUGUCCAAAGCACAAAAAUCAAUCAACAACUCAGCACUAAAGUUAAAAUUAACAGAAAAAGUCAAGUGGAAGGCAACAAGAUACAUUUGCCUGAAGGUCUCUUAACAUUUUCUCAAGCACCAAGUGCACCUAAUACACCUGCUGUAAAUGAUAUCUUAAUGGGCAAACCUACAAGAGCAACCACACUACCUGACUUUUCUGUCACCGCAACCAAAUCACCCAAUAUGUCAGAAAUGACCUUGAAUGUGCCCACAAAAGAGCCCCCAAAGCUAACCAAAACUGUUAAGAAUGUACAUCCAACCCCACAGAGUAGCAAUGUAUCCAAUGGCAACCAUAACGUUGUUCAAGAAGCAGGUUACUACACAAACUCAAGCAGAGCCAUAGUAAAGACCACACAAGCAAUUGAGACAAGUGUAAGCAUCCCUGCUAAAGUUGCAAUACUAUCAAGCCAAGUCAAUACAGAGCCUAAACUCCCCAACUCUAAUAGUUCUGAAACUAACUCAAUAUUUGAUAAAUAUUUUGAAUCCCUAUCCACUAAUGCUAUAGUAGACUCAUUGACAAGAAAAACACCAACAGAUUGUAUUCCCAGUCUACCUUUACGAGCAGAAAGCAUUCAAACACAAUGGGGUAUUGAAAUAAGACCAGGUUCUAAUUUUUUAAAAGGAAACACAACACCACACAUGCCCAGCAGGGAAACCAAACCGUCCAACAAACCAUCUUCCAAACCGUCUUCAAAAUCGUCCAACAAAAUGUCCAGUAAACAGUCUGCAGAAUUACCAACUUUCAGCAAGACUUUCACGGUCUCAGCUGGACAGCCAGAAAAUGUGUAUGCUAUUCAACACAGUAGAUCUGUUGCAGAAAAGUUACAGUCAGACAAAUACUUUUGUGACAGCAAUGUCAGCAAUAUUCUUGCAAUUGAAACAAGUCUUAGAACCCCUGCAAAAGGUGCAAUACUGUCAAACCAAGUUAAUAUAGAACCUAAACUCCCCACAUUUAAUAGUUUUGAAACUAACAUAGUUGGCAACACACAAUUAGAAACAGAAUUGCAAUCACUAUUCACCAAUGAUAAAGUUGACUUAAUGACAGGAAAAGCACCAAUAGAGUCUGUUCUCAGUAUACCUAUUAGAGGAGAAAGCAUUCAAAGACCUGGCAUUGAAACAACACCCGCUUCUAAUCUUUUAAAAGAAAAUACAGUGCUGCACAUACCUAGCAGUGAAACCAAACAGUCCAACAAACCAUCUGCUGGAUUACCAACAGUCAGUAAGACUUUCACAGACUCAGAUGGACAACCAGGAAAUGUAGAGAGUAUUCAACCCACUAGUCCUGCUGCUGAACUGUUAGAGUCAUACAUAUCCUCUGGGGGCAGCAAUAUCCACAGUAUUGUUUCCACUGAAACCAAAGUCGCUGACACGCUUCAUAGUGUGCCUAUUGAAGACCGAGCAGUGAUUAAUAAACCAUCUUUCAGUUCUGUGCAGGCCAGUAAAACUAUAAUGCCGUCUAGCCCUACAAUGAGGCAUAUCAGACAAAGAAGCCCUCAGCUGAGAUCAGACGGGACUGAGAUUCGACAGCAAGCCAUACAUGCAAAUCCUGCUCAUGGCUAUGUUGCUCAAACAAAAAAUUACACAAAUGUAAAAGGAGAUAGUAAACACACUGCCAACAUUAUUACUGAACAUGGAUCCUAUGAGACUUCUGCAGAUCAAUGUCUUGCUAAAAACACUGUAAAAGAACCAACCCCUCGCACCAAGCCAAUACAAGUCAAUAGAUCUAUUACAAGUCCACCUAUAAGGACAACACAUUCUGUAACAUCUAAGACUGGGACAAGUGCUUUCUCCUCUUCUGGUUACAUCAUGGCUAACAUGUCUAGUAUCAGUGUAGAACAGCAAAUCGCGUUGUCUCAGAAUACUUUUCAAACCACUAUAAAUUCUGUGAGCUCUCAGACUGGAGUGAAACAGUUGAGGCAAUCAGUCUCUGAAACAAAGACAUCUGUAGAAAAUAAGAUUCACACUGAAAACACUCAAAUCGUCUCAAACAUUAAUUCAACUAACCAUGCUGUCGCAAAUAUUCAAACCCUUGCCAAAGCCAACAGUGAUGCUAAAGACACACUAAUCGCUCCUAAAGUAACUAAACCUUGGGCCUCUCCUCUACCUGAGCCAAAAUGGCGUACUACACAGAUUCGGACCUAUACUCCAACCUUGCCCCCGUCUUCUCCAACUCCGGUUUCUUUAAAGCAUAAAAAUGAAAAUAAACCUUUGCGCGUCACUGCGAAAAUUCAGACAAAACCUCGCUAUACAUCUCUUCAAAAUAAUACACCUACUAACAUUGUUGAGCCAUCUGCAAAAUCAUUAACAGAUAAUAUCAGAAAACCAGACAGAAAAUCACCCCCAACUAAGGACUCUUCAGUCAUGAAUCACAAUGCUGAUGUUAAUGUAGAUUCACAAUUGAAACUGAUAAAAACAAAGGUAGAAACUAAUUCUAGUAAGGAAGAAACAAUCUCCUCACUGAACAGUUUUUCUAGCACUCCAAUACAAUCUACUGUUCAUGUUUCAAACAAACCGACUCUAAAAACACAGUCUCAUAAUCCACACAUAGAAUCAAGACCUUCCUCUGUCCCUGUAGAAACAAAAUUAUCAGAUGCAAAUUCGGAUACUUUAAAGUCUACCCCCAAUCAGUGCCAGAUUAGCAUGCACAACAGAAAUGUUCAGCCUUCAACAGAGCUACCACUAGAGAACAUUUCCCCUGCAAAGCCAGCAACAGAUACUGUCAUGAAACCAUCCAUAGUUAAAGCCGCUGUGAUUGACUCUACCACUCCCGCCCCUCUGCCUCAGGCCUCAGUCUCAGUCAAAGCUCCAUCCCCAAACAGAGGAAUGUCACCGCCAUCUCCGCAAAAAACUGGACUCAAAGAGAAGGAAGUUCUGAGGACCAAAGCUUCAGCUGCGCCGACGGAAGCCCUGGCAGACAACCCCUCCACGAAGUCAGCGACAUCAACUGCAUCUUCAACUGAUGACAAGAAGGAUGUGACAGCAUCAGCUCAGCCCAAAGCACCCCAGAAGCUAAAAGGCCUAAAGGGGAAGCUAAGUGGAUGGACACGGCUCAAGAAACACAUGGUCGUGGAGCCAGAAGAACCUACGUUUCCAAUGCUGGAGAUCAAAUCACAGGUUGAUUCCACUGCCAGCAAUGAGAUAACAGAUCAGGGUGGUGAUAAGUUGUCCCCAGACCAAUGUGCUCAUCGAGAAGUGAUUAGCGACAAAGAAGGUCCCAAGGCAUUAAAGAUGUGGGAUGCCCUGCUCUUUCAGAUGUUCUCAACAAAAGAAAGAAUCAUUCAACAGCUCAACACCACCAAGAAAGAUUCAGAGAAGAAAAAGGAACCUAAAGACAAUCAAGCAGAAGUUCCUUCUUUUGUCAACCGCCUUCCGAUUUUGUUGUACAGCCCCCGUUUUGAUGCUAGGAAGCUUAAAGAGGCGGCAGAGAAGCCACUCUCGAAAAUAGCAGCAGUGUUUGAAAAGGGACUGAUCAAACGCAAAUCUCAGGAAGAUGAACGAAAGGACUUUAACAGGAAAGCGAGAGGAUUUGGUUCAACAAACUCUACAGAUAUAUAACUUGAUGUGUUGCAAAAGUAUCUUUUGGAAUGGCAAUGAUUAGUAGUGUGUGGCAAGAGAAUAAAAACAGAAGUGGAUUUAGUUCAUUUAAUAAUUAUAAAUAAGGGCUGAAGUGAGGAGUUUGAUUAUUUAAGAGGGGCAACAAAGUAUGAUUUAUUUAUUAGAACCUAUAAGUUGUAGCUGUAUGUGUACAAGUAAAGAUGUAUGAUAUAUUAUAACUCUAAAAAGUAACAGAUAAAAACACAGCGGUGGUAUAGGUGGGGAAUCAUUGCACUUAAAAGUAGUAAAUAUGACAAUAAAGAAACAAGAUAGACGAUGAAAGCAAGGAAUAUUAUGUGUACGCUGCAACUUUACUUGGUUGGAUUGUUUCUUUUUUCAUUUGAUGAUAGUGUAAUUGUGGAGUUGAAUGCAUGAUGUGUAGAUACAUUGAUUGAUAAUAGAUUGUUUCAUUUUGUAACGCUUCCUUUUUCUAUUUUUUCUAAAGAAAGUAAAGCUUUCAUUGUACUCCGCUGGUAGGCAGUCUUUAAUAUCUGUAAUAAAUAGGACUUUUACAUUCCUGGAACAACAGGGCAGUUGGAUUUGAAAGAAAGAAAAAAGGCUUGAAGAUAUAAACAGAACAGAAGAAGGUUUCUGCAAGGUAUGGAUGGAAAUUAAUCGGCGGAUGUUCAGGCUUCCGACCAGAGCAGGAAACUACAACCACACAGGCUGGUACAAAAGAAAAAAGGAUCCCACAGGAGGUCAAAGUUUAAAUUUGGUUUAUGAGGAAAUACUUUCAAAACAAAUUCUCAUUAGCCUUGUUUAUGUUACAGUAAGUGCUAAUUAGCAAAUGUUAGCAUGCUAAUGCUGUAAACGUAACGUAAUGGGCAAUGUAAUGUACAUUUCCCAGCCAUAGCAUAUCCAAAGGGAUACAGAGUCUGAAUUCUGUUUUAUAAUUAAAAGUACCGUUUUCUAUCGUUUUGUAAGUUGGAGAUCCAUUGUGACCUCGUAACCUCAAUGAAAUAGAGAUAAACUAAUUGACCCUGUUGUGGUUUGUAAUUUCCUGCCUUGUGAUGGAUUGUCCAAGACUUGUGAAAAAUGUUACUGAAUUUAGAUUGUUUCUAGGAUGUAGAAGUGGAUACCAAUGAAUGAUGAACAUGAUGAUGACAAUGAUGAUGCUGAGUCCUGCUGUAGGAAGACAGACUAACUAAAUAUUGAGGGAUAGCUAGAGAAUAAGUACAGAUAUUAGAAGAUGAGUGGAGCACUCAUUUUGAGGAUUUGGUGCUGCCAUAGCAAGCAUUUGCAUGUUAGUUUUGAACCUUUUAGUCUCUAUAUUUCGAUUUUAAAAAAUUGCUGUUUUCCCAAAGAUGAUCAUCCAUAUGUGGAAUUUCGUGUGAGGUGGACUUCAUAAAGCUACCCAAAGCCCCAUUUAUUACUCGAAUGCUCAAGCCAUAACAUGUUUUAUAUUAACUUUGUGAUCAAAGGUGCAUAAAGUUAAAUGUGAAACUUU